CUCAGACCCUGCAGCUUGCCUCAGACUCCGGCUCCUCUCUUGGAAAUGCUUCCGUUUUUAGCGACAGGGCGCUGUGUGGAGACCCAAAACACUGGACGCACCAGGCGGGUUUGGCUCUCAGCAAGCCUCCCCUGAAGUUGGAGAUGCACACACAAGAGGUCUCCCCGCCUGGGUGGUCUCCCUACUUUAGUGAGCUGUUGCUAAGCAGCUAAUAAUAGUCGUGUUUGCUGAGUAAUUUUUGCCCUUCUGGAACCAAUCAGAUGCGAGAAAGUCCUGCAAUCUGACAGCCCCAGAGGCGGGAUCUCGAGUCUUUUUUUUUUUUUUUCUUUCCACCCCUCCUCCUCCUCCUCCUCCUCCUCUGCCUCCAAAUGGAGAGAGGUCUUUUUCCCCUCUUCUAUUGAAUCUCAGAGCUGGCCGUGACGCGCGGCCCAUGGGAAGACCACAUCAGAUCUCAUCAGAAUGCUUGUGUAUGGGAAUCCCUUUGCGGACCUCGCAUUUUGAGAGAAACUUUACUUUUUUAAGAGACACGGUGAAUGCGGUGAAAGCGGUGGAGACCUCCGGAUCGCGAAAUGUUGGGAUGGAAGGCGCAGACUUUGACUCGCCGUCUCCAACAGGAGUAUGAAGUCCUACUUCACGGGUGUGAGAUCUCCGAGAGUGAAACUUUGUUGCCUUGGGAUAUCGCUACACGCUUUCGGGGAAAUAGUAUAAAGUGGGAAACGGUCUCGCAGUCCGGGCAACAUGGCCUCGGCUGCUAAUGCGCCCUCCGAGCAGGAAAACAGAGACCCCGAUCGGCCGAGGAUAACGCGGAGGAACAGGGGGGACUAUACCCGCAACACACCGCUGGAUUUGGAGUAUUUGCAGCGGCCGAGUUACUGCGAUGCGGGCUUUGCUUUGGAGCAAAUAACCGAGGGGAAGGCAACUGGGAGGAAAGCACCUCUAUGGCUGAGAGCGAAGUUCCAGAGACUUUUAUUUAGGCUGGGCUGUUACAUACAAAAGAACUGCGGAAAGUUUUUGGUUGUGGGCCUCAUGAUUUUCGGAGCUUUUGCUGUGGGCCUAAGGGCAGCUAAUUUGGAGACGGACGUGGAGAAACUCUGGGUAGAAGUUGGUGGGCGUGUGAACCAGGAACUGAAGUACACGCGGCAGAAUAUCGGUGAGGAGGCCAUGUUUAACCCUCAGCUUAUGAUCCAGACGCCGCGGGAGGACGGGGCCAAUGUUUUAACGGUGGAUGCGCUCCUGCAGCACCUGGAGUCAGCUAUCCGUGCUAGCAGAGUUCAUGUGUACCUUUAUAACAGACAAUGGAAAUUAGAAAACCUAUGCUACAAAUCAGGAGAAAUAGUCACAGAAACCCCUUUGAUGGAUCAGAUCAUAGAAAAGCUACAUCCCUGCCUCAUUAUCACCCCUUUGGACUGUUUCUGGGAGGGAGCCAAGCUUCAGUCUGGAAUGGUCUAUCUCCCAGGUAAAGAACCACUGCAGUGGACCAACUUUGACCCUAAGGAGUUCCUUGAGGACUUGCGACGGGCGAACAUUCACGUGGAAGGCUUUGAGGAAAUGUUGGAAAAAGCCGAUGUUGGACACGGCUACAUGGAUAGACCUUGUCUGAACCCUGCUGACCCUGACUGCCCCCUUACUGCGCCCAACAAGAACUCAACUAAGCAAAUCGACGUGGCGCGGGCCUUGAGUGGUGGCUGCCAUGGUAUGUCCAGGAAGUACAUGCACUGGCAGGAGGAACUGAUCGUAGGAGGGACCACCAAGAACGGCAGCGGACCCCUGCUCAGUGCCCAGGCCUUACAGACCAUGUUCCAGCUGAUGACUCCCAAGCAGAUGUUUGAGCACUUUCGAGACUACGACGAGGUUUCCCACAUCAACUGGAAUGAAGAAAAGGCUGCAGCUAUACUGGAAGCCUGGCAGAGGAGAUACUCUGAGGCGGUGCUGCAGAGUGUGGCAGCAAAUUCCUCUCAGAAGGUCUUGUCUUUUACCACCACCACUCUAGAAGAUAUUCUCAAGUCUUUCUCGGACAUCAGCGUCAUCCGUGUGGCCAGUGGAUACCUGCUGAUGCUGGCCUAUGCGUGUCUGACAAUGCUGCGGUGGGACUGUGCCAAGUCUCAGGGGGCUGUGGGGCUGGCGGGUGUCCUCCUGGUGACACUGUCUGUGGCAGCUGGCCUGGGCCUCUGCUCUCUCCUGGGCAUCUCCUUCAAUGCUGCCACCACACAGGUGCUACCCUUCUUAGCUCUGGGUGUUGGAGUGGAUGACGUCUUCCUCCUUGCUCAUGCCUUCAGUGAGACCGGACAGAAUAAGAGGAUCCCAUUCGAGGACCGUACGGGGGAGUGUCUGAAGAGGACAGGGGCCAGCGUGGCUCUCACCUCCAUCAGUAACGUCACAGCAUUCUUCAUGGCAGCCCUCAUCCCCAUCCCAGCACUCAGAGCCUUUUCACUACAGGCUGCGGUGGUGGUGGUGUUUAACUUUGCCAUGGUGUUGCUUAUCUUCCCCGCCAUCCUCAGCAUGGACCUCUACCGACGAGAAGACAGACGUUUUGACAUUUUCUGCUGCUUCUACAGCCCGUGUGCCAAUCGUGUGAUCCAGAUUGAGCCUCAUGCAUACCUGGAUGGGGCGGACGGAAGUCGCUACAGCCCUCCACCUUCCUAUCGUACCCCUCCACCUUCUUAUCAGACGCCUCCCCCGAGCUACAGCAGCCCCCCUCCUUCCUACAGCAGCCAUGGCUUUGCCCAACAGACCCAAAUCACCAUGCAGUCCACGGUGCAGCUCAGGACAGAGUAUGACCCCCGGACUCAGGCCUUCUACACCACGGCCGAGCCCAGAUCUCAGAUCUCUGUGCAGCCCAUGAACCCAGCUCCAACUAGGAGCAAUCCUAACAACGACUAUUACAGCAGCAACACAAGCGGUAGCAGGAGCAGCAGCAGCAAUCAUGGCAAUCUCAACAACAACAACAGCGGGAGCCGAAGCAAUGGGGGAUCUCGAGGUUCUGCCACCUUCUCCCAUCACCAUCCUGCACCUCCUCCUGCUGCCCCGACUUCCAGUGCUGGCUCGGUUCCUCAGUGUGAUGCGGUCUCAUCGACUGGCCAGGGCCAGGAGAACAACAGCUCCACACGGGACCUGUUGUCCCAGUACGGAGAAGGCUCGCUGGGCCUGCGCUGCCUCGAGCCUCCCUGCUCCCGCUGGACCUUGUCCUCUUUUGCUGAGAGACACUAUGCUCCAUUCCUUCUGCAACCCACCACCAAGGUGGUUGUGAUUGUGCUGUUCCUCUGCCUGCUGGGGGUCAGUCUAUACGGGACCACCCAGGUGAGGGAUGGCCUGGAGCUGACAGACAUCGUGCCCAGAGACACCAGCGAGUAUGACUUCAUCGGUGCCCAGUUCAAGUUCUUCUCCUUCUACAACAUGUACGUGGUGACGCAGCGGGCUGAUUACGCCCAGAAACAGCUUCUGCUGCACCAGCUCCACCAGAGGUUCAACACUGUUCGCUACGUGCUGAAGGAGGACAACGGACAGCUGCCCCGCAUGUGGCUUAACUACUUCCGGGACUGGCUGCAAGGUCUCCAGCAGGCUUUUGACAAGGAUUGGGAGGCCGGCCGCAUCACCCUCAACAGCUACAAGAAUGGCUCUGAUGAUGGCGUCCUGGCAUACAAGCUUUUGGUGCAGACGGGACGCAGGGACAAGGCCAUCAAUUUUAACCUGCUGACUCGUCAGAGGCUUGUGGAUGCAGAUGGGAUCAUCAACCCUGGGGCUUUCUACAUCUAUCUUACCGCCUGGGUCAGCAAUGAUCCCGUGGCGUACGCCGCCUCGCAGGCCAACAUUCGCCCCCACCCCCCUGAGUGGCUCCAUGACCGUACUGACUCCAUGCCUGAGACACGCCUCAGCAUCCCAGCUGCUGAGCCCAUCGAAUACGCACAGUUCCCCUUCUACCUCAACGGGCUCCGGGAGACACCACAGUUCGUGGAGGCCAUCGAGAGCGUGCGGGGUAUCUGCAGCAACUAUAGCCGACAAGGACUACCCUCCUACCCCAACGGCUACCCUUUCCUCUUCUGGGAACAGUAUGUUAGUCUGCGCCACUGGCUCCUGCUGUCCAUCAGUGUUGUGCUCGCCUGCACCUUUCUGGUCUGCGCCCUCUUCCUGCUCAACCCGUGGACUGCCGGCAUCAUAGUGUUGGUGCUUUCUCUAAUGACUGUGGAGCUAUUCGGCUUCAUGGGGCUGAUGGAAAUCAAGCUGAGUGCUGUCCCUGUGGUCAUCCUCAUCGCCUCUGUAGGCAUCGGAGUGGAGUUCACCGUCCAUGUAGCCCUGGCGUUCCUGACAGCCAUAGGGGAUCGUCACAAGCGGGCAGUGCUGGCGUUGGAGCACGUGUUUGCUCCAGUACUCGAUGGAGCCUUUUCCACCUUAUUAGGCGUCCUAAUGCUCGCUGGCUCUGAGUUUGACUUUAUCGUCAGGUAUUUCUUUGCCGUGUUGGCCAUCCUAACAGUUCUUGGAGUACUGAAUGGACUCGUCCUUCUUCCAGUAUUACUGUCAUACAUUGGGCCCUAUCCAGAGGUGUCUCCAGUCGACGGUCGUAGCAGGUUACCCACCCCGUCCCCAGAAGCCCCUCACGUGGUCCACUUCUCAGUUCGUCCUCACCACACCACCAUGGCCACCACCACCUCUGGUGCAGCUUCUGACUCGUCCGACACGGAGUACAGCUCUAACACCACGGUGUCCGGCAUUAGCCAGGAGCUGCACAACUACAACCUGCCCUCACAAAGAGGACAAACGCGAGCAGAGGAGCAGCAGUACCACCUCCAGACCAACAGGGGCAGAACAGCCAGGACAGAUGAGGAAAGGAGAGCAGGAUCAGGGCAUAGGCGAUCAGCCAGGCCAACUGACCUUCCGGCCUAUUCUGUGUCUUUGUCCUCUCAGGGUUGUGAUUCUGGGCCCCAGCCCAGGGCCACUCAGCGUAACAGCAGCAGGGACCCCAAGAGCCAGCUGCACUGGCAGGCCCUGCCCCCAGCCCGCCCGCGCAUGGACGCUUUUGAAACUGCUACUGAGGCUGGGGGUCAUUAUGGCUCACACGGCCAUAGAGAACACUCAGCAGGCCACAGAGCCCGCCCUUCCCACAACCCACAACCCAAUCACCACGUCCCACGCCAUCACCCCAACCCCACCCCGUAUUGCCAGCCCAUCACCACGGUAACAGCAUCAGCCUCCGUCACUGUCGCCGUGCACCCGGCCCCCUUGUCCAACCAGGGCCCCCCUGCUUCCUCUUACCCAGGAUACACUGCAACAGACAGUUACUGCCAAUCAGGGGCGGAGGGGCCAGAGCCUGCCUUUCAGGACCCACAUGUGCCACUGGACACCGACGCAGGGGCCAGAGGAGUCAACGUGGAGGCUAUGGAGCUUCAAGAUUUGGAGUUUGAGGCAGCUGAGAGUAACAGUGGCAGACGGGCAAGCUGAGUUGUGGAGAACGGACGUACAACAGCCAAAGAUGGACUCCUCUGUGUUACCAACCAGCUGACCUGGCCUGGCACAGCCCAGCCCAGCAUGGCUCAGCCCGACUCGCCCACGGCCCCAAGCAGCGAGAAACUCGUCAGUGUUGCCGUUAUGGUGCUCAUUCUUACUGUAACCCAGUGGACUAUUGUCUUAGAUAUUUCUAUCUAUAUUUAAAAGAUGUAUACAUAUGUAAAUAUGAACAAAAAGUAGCUAUAAUUUUAGGAGCUGUAGAACUCCUCAUGUCAACAGACUGAGGCUGCCAUUUUAUAUGGUUUAUGUGUGUGUGUGUGUGUGUGUGUGUGUGUGUGUGUGUGUGUGUGUGUGUGUGUGUGUGUGUGUGUGUGUGUGUGUGUGCGUAUGAGAGAUAGAUCUCUGAUUACUGUUCACUCAUCUGUGGAUCUGUGCCAUUACGAAGCUUCAUCUAGACAAAAAAUACCUGUCAGCAUUCACUGUGGCUGCUCAAAAAUAUUUUUUUUUUUUUAAAUAAUAUACAUUUAUAACUCUAUGCAAAUGUCUCUUUAAACAAAAGAAGUGAUCUGUCUAUGUGUGUGCGCGUAUGUGUGUGCUUGCAUGUGUGUGCGUAUGCUACCCGCGUGUAAACAACCCCAUGGCUUAUUCAUCAGAUACAUAUUCAGAACAUCAAAACAUGAUGGAAUUGUUAGAAUUAUCAAACAAGGCUAUGGUAUGUGUGCGUGUGCGUGUUACUGUGUGUGUGUUUAUUAUUGUAUAAAGGUACUCAUGUUAAACUAUUAAUUUUUUAUCACAAACCUGUGGUAGUUAUGAAACAAGUACUGUUUAACUUGACACGCUAUGCGUGCUAUUUAAGACGAGCAGAUAUGAAGAAAUUUUAAAAGCUGUUAUUUUGUUUUGUUGUGCUCUUUUAGUUUUCGCCUCUGCAUUGGAACCUGUUUCUGCUCUCAGCUUAGUGUCACUGUCCGUUAGGCUGUGCUCCGGUUGUAUUUUACUGUAAGAGGUUAUGCAUUGUUUAACCCCAGCAGGCUCAAAACAGGUUCUGUCUUGUAUACUGAUAUACAAGCAGUAAACCCACCUCAGAAACUCACUCUGCCAUUACAGGGACAUUCACAUUACUGAUUCUGGAACAGGGUCAAACACGGGGCACUAGUGUCUAGUGGAUAAGCUAAAACUCAGACUGUAUACUGUACGACCCGAUUCAACAUGGCACUUGACUACAUUUAACCUUCAUUCACAGGAAUAUCUUGCCUCAAGUAGCUCUUUAUUUCUGUCCAACCAAUAAGCUAGCCCACACAUCCUGCUAAGGGAUAACCCUUAUAUGGCCUGACAAUGUGCUCUAUGCGUGUCUCAGUGUAUAUGUAUGUAUGUAUAAACAUUUAUGUGUGUGUUGGUCUAUGUUCUUAUUCUGUCUCUGCUCUCCUUGUGACGGUAAAAAGACAACUGGCCCCAAUUUGGCCUCAGACGUCCCCACUGACCUAAGCUAAUAAAAAUCCACAACAUGACGCCAUGACACUAAUUGGACGUCCCCCCCCCCCCCAACUGCCAAAUGGCACAGCCCAGACCCCCAGGGGUCAGAGUGUACACUGCCAGCCCCUCUCUCCACCAGCAAUGGCCAGUUUAUAUCUGCAUGUGUGUCGAUGCAUGCGUACUUGUAACCUCCCCACCCCCACCCCGCUCAGUUCCAGACCCAGGCCCCCUUUGACACCGUCACUUACCCCACCCACACCUCAGUUUGCCUCCACUUUCACACCUGUAGCGCUUCCCAGAAGUCUUUGCGGUUUUCCUCCUUCUGUCCACCAUGUCAGCUGCUUGCAUGAAAUAGGUUGUUCUGUGUGUGUUUUUUUUCGUUUAGUUUUCUCCCAAAUGUCACAUUGGCAGUAGCGGAGAGAAUCCUAGUUGGCAACUAUUUUAUUCAUUUUUUAUGUUUUUUUUGUUUUUUUUAACGUUCAAUUGCGAUAUUUAUAUUUUUGUAAUACAAAAUUGUUUUCUUUCAUUAUUGUCAUGAUGCCAGUGGAUAACAAAUGCAGGGAUUUUUAUGUCUAUUGAAAAAAAAAACACUAUUACAGUUUAAUGUUUUUACAAUGAUGGAGUUUGAUCUGUAUAAAGUGCUUACUAAUGUUAAAUAGGAAAAAAAAGAUUAUAUAACAUUUUACACUACAGGUCUCAUCAUGGCUCUUAGAGGAUUUUAAAAGGAAAAAAAAAAAAUCAGUGGUUCUUCCAGACUGCCCUUUUUGGUCUCGGUUGGCGUGGAUGUAUGCUGUUUUCAGUUACAAAGAUAAAUGUAUGCCAUAUAAUUUAUUUAUAUGAAAAUUUAUUUUUGUAGUGUACAUAGUAGUUGUCAAGGUAUUUGACAGAAGUAUAUUUUUAAAGAGUUUAUAUGUAAUAUCAUACCAUAACAGAAAAAAAAGACCUUAAGGUGCACACUUUCACUGCUAACUGUCUUGUGAGACAACAUUGACACCUCCCCUUCAGUAUUAUGUUCCGAUCCUUGGAGAGAGACAGCUGUUUCUAUGGGUUUGUCAAAGGCUAGCCAUGAAAGUAGAAAAACUGUACUAGCUCUCUAAAUAUUAAUGUUCAAACACUGAUAGAAUUCUAACAAAUAAAAAUAUUAUAACUUAUUUGUCUCUUUGUUCAUAACUUUAAUAAAUGGAAACUUAAAA